AUGUCAACAACCAACAAUAGACAAGAAGAGGAACAAGACACAAAGAACGAAGAAACCAUGAAUAAGCUUGCAACAACGUUAAUCGAAUCAUUGCACAAGAAGCUUACGGGUCAUGACUUUAUAAAGAUGGUUAGAGAGACCACAGGUAACCACUCAAACCCAAUUAAAGUAUUGGCACCAAUGGUUGAACAUUCAUUAUUAGCAUUUAGAUUGUUGACUCGUAAAUUUGGAGCAGAUGUUGUAUACACACCAAUGUAUAAUAGCAAGAUCUUUUCACACGAUGCUACCUAUAGAUGCAAUUUUUCAACCAAUCCUCAAGACAGACCAAUGGUUGUUCAGUUUUGUGGUAACGAAGUAGAUCAUAUCGUUAAAUCUGCAAAGAUGGUAGAGGAUCACUGCGACGCUGUAGAUAUUAAUCUCGGAUGCCCACAAGGUAUUGCUAGAAAGGGCUUCUAUGGUGCAUUUUUGUUGGAGAGACCCGAUAUUGUCCUACCAAUGGUACGUGCACUUCACAAGGAACUCAAAGUACCUAUUUUCUGUAAAAUUAGAUUGCUCCCAGACAUUGACGACACUAUCAAGUUGGCAUUGCAGUUGCAAGAGGCUGGUUGUCAACUCUUGACCGUUCAUGGAAGAACCAAAGAGCAAAAGGGUGAAUUCUUGUGUCACGCCGAUUGGAAAGCUAUUAGACGUGUAAAGGAAGCUGUUAGCAUUCCAGUGUUUGCCAAUGGAAGUGUUGACGAAUACAAAGAUAUUGUACCAUGUCUCGAAGAGAGUGGAGCAGAUGGAGUUAUGUCUGCCGAUGGUAUUUUGGCCAAUCCAGCCAUGUUUUCAGGUCUUGAUAUGACUCUUACCGACGUUUGCAGAGAAUAUCUCGAUAUUUGUGAUCAAAUCCCAACCGAUUUCUUCCUUAUUCGUAGUCAUUGUUAUAAAAUGUUAAAGAGACAUAUGGAUGAUUAUGAAGACAUUAGAUAUAAGAUUUCAAAGAUGAUUGAUGUUACAGAUAUGAGAGGUAUUUUAGACGAGAUUGAUAGAAGAGUUAAAGAAAAAGUUCCAAAGAUUAGAAUGUUAACCAACGCAGAGAAAAGAGAUCUUAAAAAACAACAAGAAGAAGCAAUUGGAGCAAUGGCUGCCGAUGCCGCUUUAACAAACAAAAAUACAAAUAAUGGAGCCGACAAUUGUUAUGGUACAUGUAAAAAAGAAGAAGAGGAGGAAAUAUACUUUGAUUUAGAUAAUUUACCAUCCGAUACAACUACCACUACCACUGCUUCUGUUAAUUCCUGA